GCUAUCAGUGAAUUUUGACGUUUAAGUUGAGUCAGCUGCGGGCGAAAAUAAUAUAAACAGCGAAUGCGUGACACCGAGAAGUAUUCCCUUUAAACUCAAUGCCCGGAAUGUUAAAAGGCUACCCCUCGGCUUGAGGAUUUUUUGACGUUCCAUACGCAGGACAGCAGAAUGGCUGCGUCUCAUAGCUGGUAUGGUGGCGAUAACAUCGUGCAUUUAAAUGUCGGUGGGACCAGGUUCGACACUUCGAAGCAGACUCUCCUUUGCAUUCCAGACUCAUUCUUCACAGCUCUUUUGAGUGGCAGAAUUUCGUCCGUAAAGGAUGAAAAGGGCUACAUUUUUAUCGACAGAGACCCAAAACUGUUUUCUAUCAUUCUCAACUACUUGAGGACCAGGGACAUAGACGCCAACAACUGUGAUCUGAGGGCCCUGCGACAUGAGGCCGAGUAUUACGGCCUUGGUCCCCUGGCCAAGAGGCUCACCCUGUGUGAGGACUUGACCUUGUCCACCUGCGGAGACAUCCUCUUCUACGCACACCUUUAUCCACCUUCUCCUCCUCUGCCUGAGGUGACAAGGACAAGUGAGUCAUCGGCCUCGAUCUGCUCCACGACGCCAUCUCAGCAGGGUAGACCGCAGGGUAGGGGUUCAGGCGACAGCGGCGUCCGUCCAGGCUCCAUCGUGCGCGUUCCGGAGAACAGUCCAGCCCUGCACGCCCCUCCACUAACCCACAAUUCUACGCAUUCCCGCAACUCUUCUCUGGAGCUGAGGAUGCCGGCUCCGGCCCAGUCUGUGACCAGGUCCAAUCAGGAUUUGCGCAGCCACGGCCGCGUUUCGCACUCGAGGACGGCAUCACUUGACCUGAGACACACAAGGAACUCCUCGGCUGAUUUGAACAAGCUGUUCAGGAACGACAUUGGUCUUGUGUUUGGCCCUCAAGCUUCUGGAUGGUUUGACCCUUUGAGGGUGCAAAUUAUCAAAGCGCACCACAACUGGAUCGCCGUUGCCUAUGCCCACUUCGUCACUUGCUACAGGUUGAAAGAUUCAAGUGGCUGGCAGCAUUGCUUCACGAGCCCUCACAUCGACAUCUGCAUCGAGCGAAUCGCCAUCAACGCCAAAAUGGGACAAGGGGGACAAGAGUCAACCUCAAAAAUGGUUGCUAUCUCCUACGGCAACCAGGUCAGACUUUGGGGCGUUGGCGAGGACGGAUCAAAAACAGACGUUGGCACUUUCAGUUUGCACGUUCGUGUGGAGGUCUUAUUUUUCAUCGGCAGCCAGCUUGUAGCUCUCUCUCCAACGGGGAAAAUUGGGGUUUGGCACGCCAUGACCCAGCACUGGCAAAUCCAGGAUGUAGUGCCAAUCACUUCAUUUGACACGGCAGGCUCUUUCUUGCUCCUCGGAUGCGAUAACGGUGCUAUCUACUAUAUUGACAUGCAGAAGUUUCCCCUAAGAAUGAAGGACAACGAUUUGUUAGUGACGGAGCUGUACAGAGACCCUACUAGUGAUCCGAUCACCGCCAUCUCUGUCUACCUGACUCCGAAAACAAGUAGUAAUGAUCGUAAAAGAACUAACUGUGAAAUCACUGAGAGUUCUUCCCUCGCAGGCUUGUGCGGAAAUUGGAUUGAAAUCGCCUACGGCACGAGCGCAGGUACUGUCCGAGUUAUUGUCCAGCACCCCGAGACGGUUGGACACGGCCCGCAACUAUUCCAAACAUUCACUGUCCAUCAGAGCCCAGUCACAAAAGUGACUUUGUCUGAAAAAUUCCUGGUGUCCGUCUGCAGCGAGUAUAACCACGUUAGAACCUGGGGAGUAACUCGCUUCCGAGGCAUGAUUUCUACUCAGCCAGGAUCAAUGCCCGUUUCCUCAUUCAAAAUUAUCUCUCUUGAAGAAGUGGAGCCAAACGUCAGCUAUGUUGCAGGGAAUGAUAUAGGCCCUUACGGUGAGCAGGACGAUGAGCAAGUUUUCGUGCAAAAGGUUGUAUCUGAAACUGACAAACUAUUCGUCCGAUAUGCGUCCACCGGCAAGAGGGUUUGCGUGAUCCGAUCGGUUGACAACACGAUUAUCACUUCAUUCUGCGUGCAUGAGUGCGAGGGUUCGAGCAGGAUGGGCUCACGGCCACGCCGGUUCAUCUUCACGGGACACAGCAACGGAACAAUUCAGAUGUGGGAUCUGACCACCGCCCUGGACAUUGCCGCCAAAGGCGACCAACCACCAAUUGUCGGCGGGCCGACCCCUGCCGAGCUUUUGCGGCUGCUCGACCAGUGGGACCUGAGCAACAGCCACUGCUCCACGCCUUGCAUGUCUCCUGCAUCCCUCGCACCUCACACGGCAGCCUCGAGAAUCAAAGCGGCCAACGUUGCGUUUCUCAACCAGCAAAACGACUCGGCUGGCAGCAGCGGAGGAGACUCCUCUGACGGCAAAUAAUAGGCACGCAGCUACUUGUUAUCAGCAGAGCAUUCAGGACAAAUUAUCUUAACACGUCCUGUUUGAGUUGUGGAAAUUAUGUGAUAUACCCAGUAGAAUAAUAACAUGUUAUACGAUUUAUCUAAUUUUGCUUGCACUUCAUAUUGUUUUUUGCUCUGGGAAAAUAAAGCAUCGUUUUAUUUCCGCUUUAAA